CUUUUAGCCCACUCGACGAGAACACUGUAAGCCGCCUUGGUCAAUUCCCCAACAGCAAUGAGUGACCGAGUCUUCUCCGAUGGCGCCGUUGAAUCCAUUCCGUCUCUCAUAAGUUCAUAAUCUUCUCUCUCUCUCUCUCUUUCUCUCUAAAAAUGGCAAGAGGAAUGCUCUUUCUUAUUCUUCCUGUACUCAUAGUUCAUGAAACUUGUAGUGCGAAAGAUGGUGAACACUGUGCUCCUUCUUCCUGCGGUAAUAUCCAGAACAUAAGCUAUCCGUUCGCUCUAAAAAGCGACCCAGAAACCUGCGGCGAUCCAAGGUAUAGGCUUUCAUGUGAGAACAAUCAGACGCUGUUAUACUUGUAUGCCGGAAAAUACAACGUACGGGAAAUCAAUUACAGUAACUUCAGAAUCCGAGUUUCAGACUCCGGUAUUCAGGAGAAUGAUAAUCACUCCUUCAUCCCUCAUUAUUUUCUGAAGUUAGAAAAUUUCACUUCAGGGGAUCCAUAUGUCACAGAGUUUCCAUAUAACUCAAAGGGCCUGUUUACUGGGACGAUACCGAAUGUCUUUAACUUUCCCGGAUUGAGACUAUCAGAGCCUGCGGUUUUCGUGAAUUGCGAAAAGCCAGCGAUUUCUUCAUUUUAUGUCAACAUUUCUGCUUGCUUUAUUAACUCUUCCAAGAGCUAUAGAUAUAUUCAGGUUGGUACAACGGGUCCAGCGUAUGUGGAGGACACGUGUCAAGUUGAGCAAAUUUCUCUGACGACGGGGAAAAGAUUUUACCCGGAAAACAUUUCCUGUUCAGACGUCCACAAUGAUAUAUUGGUAUAUGGUUUUGAGCUUUCAUGGCACCAAGUUUAUUGUGGAAGCUGCGCCGGAAGAGAUGACGUCUGCUACCAAGAUGACGCCAACAAUGUUCGUUGCUUCACUGUAAAUAAUGGAAAAAGAGGAUUCCUUCAAAAACUAUACCAAGGAGUCCGUGACUGCAUAAGUUGGGUGUAUAAUGAUUUUGUUUUGGAUGGAACCGUUGGACAACGGCUGAGUAUCCAUUAUACUGUGUAUGAACAACUGACGAUCAUCAAGAGUAUCGGUGUAUACCAUGGAGCAAAAGUUGUAUUGGUCGGUCCAUUCCUGAUUGCAUAUUUGGUAUAUAAAUGGCGUAGGAGGCAUUUGUCGGCGUAUGAUAGUGUUGAAGAAUUUCUUCAAGGCCAAAACAACCUCAUGCCAAUAAGGUAUUCUUACUCAGAAAUUAAGAAGAUCACUAAAAAUUUUAAGGACAAAUUAGGUGAAGGAGGCUUUGGCACUGUAUAUAAAGGAACCCUUCGAAGUGGUUGUGUCGUAGCUAUAAAGAAGUUAAUUAGUAAGUCCAAAGCUAAUGGGCAAGACUUUAUCAAUGAGGUAGCAACCAUUGGAAGGAUUCACCAUGUUAAUGUAGUGCGACUCAUCGGUUAUUGUGUUGAAGGAUCAAAGCGGGCUCUUGUAUAUGAGUUCAUGCCUAGCGGAUCUUUGAAUAAUUAUAUUUUCUUGCAAGAAGGAAAUAUCCUUUUAAGUUACGACAAAAUGUACGGUAUUGCUCUAGGUGUGGCUCGUGGGAUUCAAUAUUUGCAUCAAGGAUGUGACAUGCAGAUUUUGCAUUUUGAUAUCAAGCCUCAUAACAUUCUUCUUGAUGAAAACUUUACUCCCAAAAUUUCUGACUUUGGCCUUGCAAAACUGUAUCCGGUAGAUCAAAGCAUUGUUUCUUUGGCUGCUGCAAGAGGAACACAUGGAUAUAUGGCUCCUGAGUUGUUCUACAAAAACAUUGGAUUCGUUUCAUCUAAAGCUGAUGUAUAUAGUUUUGGAAUGUUAUUGUUGGAAAUGGCUGGAAGAAGAAAAAACUUGAAUGCAGAUGUUGACCAUUUAAGCCAAAUUUACUUCCCUACUUGGGCUUAUGACCAGUUGCAUGAUGGAAAGGAUAUAGAAAUGGAAAAUUCUACAGAGGACGAGAAGAGAGUAGUUAAGAAGAUUAUCAUAGUCGCGUUAUGGUGUAUACAAUUGAAGCCUAUUGAUCGUCCUUCAAUGUACAAAGUGGUAGAAAUGCUUGAAGAAGAAGUUGAAUUCUUACAAAUGCCUCCCAAACCUUCCCUAUUACCAACAGAAAGAUCCACAACUGUUGUCAUAGGGAAUUGAAAGCUCAUCAUGUCAAUUAGAUAAUUUAAGUGAAUCAACUCAAUUAUUUUAGAUGCAAAUUAAUUGAUAUGUUUGUCUGCUUUUCUUUUUCUUUUUUUUUUUCUCUUUAUUUUUUUCAAGAAGAUAUGUUUGUGUGCUGGGCAAGUAGUUUUUUCACAUAUAUAUUGGCAGCACAAAGAUGUUGAUAUUUUUAUGUAACAAAUAAGAUUUUCUUUGAUAUAUGAUAUAUAAAUAUCCAUAUUUCCA